UCUCCUUGCCCUUACUCUCUCACAUGGAACCAACCAAACGAAACCCGACGACGACGACGACGACGACAAAACAAAUAAUACAAUAUAAUAUGCGUAGCGAAUUUUGACCCCGUGCUGUUCAAUCUGCUGCAAACUCUCUUACGGGAUAAGAUCCAAGCACCAACCAGCUCAACAACCAUUACAGCAGAGGAUUAAACCAGAUUUCGAUCUCCAUUUCCAUUUCCAUUUUCGAUUCCGCCUGAGAAUGAAGCAAUGGACUCCCGACCUCUUCUCCACCGGGAAGCCAAGCACCAAAUGGAAAUGAACAUGGAGGAAGAUUCCGAUACCGACGGACUACAACGGGCAGAAGAAGAAGAAGAAGAUCUGCAGGUUGCUGCGAAUGAAGCUGCAAUUGAAGACGUUUCCGAGGGGAUGUACCAUCAGGAGAUCCCUCCGCUAGACGAUGUAUGCCCAAUUUGCUUCGACAGAUUCACCGUCCCCUGCAGAUCGAACUGCGGCCACUGGUUUUGCGCAAGCUGCAUAUUGCAGUUCUGGAUGUUUAGAUCUUCGAUGCAGCCUUGCAAAUGCCCUUUGUGCUGUAGCCUCAUCGUCAACCUGAGGCCAGAAUCUUCCGAUCUGACGGAGCCGGCGCACGAUAGCGUUGAGAUCCUUAAGAAGGUGAAUCAGUACAAUGGCCUUUACAUCAGCGGAGUGCUCGGCACUUUCCAUCGAAUGAAGGCGCUGCCCCUUUUUAUAGGAAGAAUUUUGAAGGUUCUCAUAGAUCCCGACGGCCUGAGAUGCAUCUACUACAUAAUGCGCCUUCUUGGGUUAUUUCUGGCAUUACUCUACGAGCAAGGGGAAUUUGAGUUUAUGGCGAGUGGCGGGUUGGGAAUUCAAAGAAUGUUUGACGUGGGCGCGAGCGUGGCAGUUUUGGUUCUGUUUUUGAUCGGUGUUGGGCAUAGAGGGCUCCUCCGGGGACGUAGGAGGCAUUUCUCGGGCCCGGAGGAUUGGGCGCGAGCACACGAGUAGGCGAGGGGUAGCUAUUUUUUUUAUGUCUCUCGAGCCGGAAAUGUAGGUGAGGAUUAGCUUCGAUUAUUCGACAUUUUUGAUUCUUGUAAAGAGCAGAUUAGCUGAUAUAUUGUUGCAGUUAUUGUGGUGUUGCAUUGUAUUGUGAUGGAUGGAUGGAUGGAUCGGUAUAUGUUGGCAUAGUUAUUGUUAUAGAUUAAUUGUUACUAUUGUGUUGGUUG